AUGGCAGACGCUGAAGUCAAUGGAGAGCAAACGCUGGACGCAGGUCGUCUGCGCCAGGUUGCCCUCUCCAGCUCCACCAAGAGGCGCUCUGCUGAGCUGCUCUCGCUGCACGACAAGAUUGUGAGCAAAGGUGUGCUACCCNAACAUCCCAUCGAACAAAUACCCAACGUUCUCAACCUCCUCUUCGACACAUACCCUCUCUACAUCGACACCCAGUCACGACAAGCUGUGGAAUUGUGCCUCGUCGCCAUCUUCUCUACCCCCGACACCGAGCCUCAUGUUUCCAACUUCAUUGCUGCCGUCGAGAUCGAAACCAAGAAGACCAGUCUGGCUCCUGCCAACGCCUUUGUCUUGAUCCGCUGGUGCGCUCUGUUCCUCCAACAAUUCGCCGUCCAAAAGUCUCUUUGGGAUGCCUGGGGCCUCAAGAUUGUCCAGGCCCUGGUACGCGCUACGUACACCUUCGAGAGCUCCAACCCUCGCCACAGUACCCACCAGACUGUCUUGCGCGUCACUCGCCGUGGUUUCAGAAAGCUCUUUAGCUCGGACCUUGGAGACGAUGCCUUGAACCAAUCGAUCACCGCCCUCACCACAAAGGCUGCUACUCCGACUCCCCAGAAUGCUCUGGUUCUUGGAAUAAUAGCUGGAGUCAGCGCCCAUCUGUCUAAGCGUAGUGCCACAUUUGAGACCAGAAAGUCUGACUACAAUGCUUUCUACCUGCGCGAGUUGAUUGGAUCCCGAAUUGUUCUGCCUCAAUUCAUUGCAAACUCUCUGGUCGAUUACUUCACCUCGUUUGUUACUCUGGAAGACCUGAAGAAGGAGAUCAUUCCUGCCAUUGAAAAGGCACUUUUGAGAGCCCCUGAGAUUGUCCUGAAUGACCUUGUCACUCCCAUGAUCGAAGCCUUGCCCAAAGAGCUGGAUCUUUCCGAAAUACUUGCAAACAACCUUCUGAAGCCUCUUGUUUCGAGCGCGAAAUCCAGCAACGCCACCAUCCGUGCAGGUGCUCUAAGGACUUUCGCUGCAGCUGCCCAUCGUUCGCAGGAUGACAAACUUAUCGAGAAAGUCUUGGCCGAAGUCCUGACUCCUCUGAGGACUGGAAAGGUGCCUUCAGCCGACCAGAAGAUCAUUUUCGCACAGAUGCUUGCUGCGUUGAACAGCUCGGAAGCUCUAGCUGCUUCUAUCCCUCAAGGUCUUGCGCCAGUUGCAGCAAAGGAACCCAAUGAAGCAGCUGCAAGUGCUGAAAUUGCUGCGCUUUCCAAGCACUUGAAGUUUGGUCUCGAAAAGGGUGUUGCAGUAGAUGCCGCAACCAGUGAUGCUUACGUGAAGGGUGUUGCCGAGAAGCGACUUCCAUUCCGCAAACUGUGGACUUUGAGUAUCGCCGAAAUCGUUUGGUCGCUCGAGGGAGAUGUAUUGAAACAGCCUGAAGUCGCGUCUCUAGUCGAUGCAGUGAUUGGCAAGAUGAUUGACUCGUUCAACGAGGUAGUUGCCAACCCUGUCUCUGCUACUCAAAAUGGACAGGUCACUCUUGCUUGCGCCGUCACUGCUUUGUCGUUAGCAAAGGUUCCCCAGCUUGCGGAGUUGAAGAAUGCAUUCAUUUUGAAGAAAGCUUCUCUCCUGGAUCGUGCCAUCGCCCUCGAACCCAAGCCCUCUUUCCUUCUCAAUACACGUGUCUACACUAAACUCACCUCCCACGAGGAUUUGGUCUGGUUGACAAGGGCACUUGCCGCGACUAGCUCCGGUAUUGCUUCUUCAAGUCCUGCAAUCCAGGAUGCCUGGGCUCAGACGUUUAUCUACCUCAUUGUGGCUUCUGGCCUACCAGCCACUGCUCGCUCCGAAACAAUUCCUUCAUUGCGCGCAGCUUAUUUGGCCCAGCCUGAGGCUGUAGGAAAGACCAUCACUGAGGCCCUGUCUCACUGGUCCGCAGAUGUUGAAAUGGAGACAAAGGAGAGCGCUGCUUUACUUGCCAAGACUGGUAGACAAGAGCUUCACAAGGUCAUCCGUUGUAUUUGCCUGACUAAGGAAGAGGUCGCCGCAGGUCAAGCCACCAUCGAGCAGAAUGUCCUGGACAGUCAAUUGAUCAAUCUACUAGUCUUAUGUCGUCCAGAGUUGAUGCCUAGAUCUUCUUGGAUUGAGGCUUGCCUUAGGACAGGCACUGACCCUGGUGAGCUUGUCAGAAGAAACACUUCAGAGUGCAUGGAUCAGAUCGUCCGUGUGUCCGAAGACAAGCUGCUCUCCACUAUUCCUGCUUUCCAACUUGCUGCGUUCCAAGCAACUGCGGACUUGGUGUUCGUGGCUCCCGAAGAAUUGACACCUGUUGUCCUUGAUCAGAUCUGUAAUGACUUGGAUCCUAAACUGCUUCAAGACGUUGGUCCUACAGAGGCUGCCAUCUUCCGCACACCUGAGGGUACCGCCUUCAUUGAUGUUCUUGCAAAGCAGACACAAGCACAAGCCCCUAGCAAGAACAGCAAAGACUAUGACACUUAUAAGUGGGAGCAAGAACUCAGAGGCCAACUAGCUCAGAAGAAGGGAACCACGAAAAGACUGACUGCUGAUGAGCAAGCCAAGGUGAAUGCUCAACUUGCAAAGGAAGCUGAGAUCCGCGGCAAUGUCACAACAGUGGUAGCCAAACUGAGAAGAGGUAUUGGCAUGGUCACUGGCCUUGUCACCGGACCCCCUACCGAGGCAGCCAACUGGUUUACCGUUACCACAGCACGCUUGUUCAAGGUUAUCAAUGCUGGUGCAGGCCUCAUCCUGGGCGAUGCUGCUGUCCUCGCCUACCUCGAGUGUGCUCAGAAGACUUCAUCUCGUCUGGGGUCCAUGCGCUCGUUCGUUGGUGUUGCGGCUUUGAGGGCUGCUGGUCUGACCACCUUACCCGAAGCUAUGCAGGAAGAACCUCUGGGUGACUUAAUAACCCGUGUCCUCUACCGUCUACGCUUUUUGGGCGAACAAAGGCCUCUUGACGCUGUCACCUUGAGUUACUGCCUUCCCCUUGCCUUUUUGGUUUUGGAACAGGGCGGUGUCGGUAAGUCCGAGGAAGAGGAGGCUCAGGAACAAAUUAUUCUUGCCGCCGAAUUCCUUAGCUUCCACGCUGAGACUUGUAGCGAGCCACGUCUGGCCCGCAAGGAAGUUCUCUCCGUCUUGAUCGCCUCACUCCAAGCUUAUCAACAGCACUUCCGUCUUUUCAAGGACUGUUUCUCUGAUGUCUGCAGAAGUGUUGCACCUAACGCUACCGAAGCCGAGACCGAUGUGGUCGUCAAGGCCACUGUUGUGCCCGAGUCUUCCGUUCGUGAAGUAGCUCUUCAAGCCAUCAGUGCAGAGUUUGAGCUUUCUGGUAAAGACUUCUAUGACGAGAUCUUCCUCGCCACCCACGAUGAUGUCGAGGAAAAUGUCGAGUUGGCACACGAGAUCUGGGCUGAGAACGAGCUCAAGACAUCGCCAGAAUCAGCCGACACCAUCAUCAAGUAUCUGACUUCGCAUGAUAUUCAGCUUCGUCGUGCUGCUGCACGAUCGUUGGCAGCACUCGUCCAGGAGCACUCCAAUAUCUCAGACAGCGUCAUUUCUCGCCUGCAAGAUACAUACAGGGAAGAUGCGAAGCCGAGAGCACCUCAGCGUGACAAGUAUGGCAUGCCCAUUAAGAUGGAUCUGUCCGACCCUUGGCAAUCCAGACAGGGUAUCGCUCUUGCUUUCAACCAACUCACCUCAACCUACACUAGUGACCAACUUGUACCUUUGAUGGAAUUCAUGGUUGCAGACGGUCCCCUAGGCGAUAAGAGUGUGAAUGUUCGCGACUCCAUGCUUGACGCUGCUACUGCCAUAAUCGCUGCUAAGGGCAACCUCCAAGUCGAGACCUUAAUGAAGCUGUUUGAGACUACACUCGAAGGAGGCUCUGGAUCUUCAACUCAAGACGCAGUCAACGAGGCCGUCGUCAUCUUGUAUGGUGCCCUCGCUCGUCACUUGAAGGCUGGCGACAGCAGAGUACCCAAGGUCGUACAGCGUCUUCUGACAACCCUCAACACCCCAUCAGAAUCUGUACAGUACGCUGUCGCACAAUGCCUUCCUCCCUUGGUUCAGGCCUCCAGCAAGGAAGCUGGGCAGUACGUUCAGCAAAUGAUGGAUACCAUGCUUACAUCCAAGAAGUACGCUGCCAAGAGAGGUGCAGCUUAUGGUCUGGCCGGUAUUGUGAAGGGCAGAGGUGUCUCUGCUCUUCGUGAGUUCCGCAUCAUGUCGAAUCUGGUCAGCGCCACCGAGGAGAAGAAGGAUCCUUACAAGCGUCAAGGUGCUUUCCUUGCUUACGAAUUGCUGUCUCUCAUUCUGAGCCGCGUUUUCGAGCCAUAUGUCAUUCAAAUCGUACCACAGCUCUUGUCUGGAUUCGGUGACGCUAUCACCGAUGUCCGUGAGGCAUGUCUCGAUGCUGCGAAGACCUGUUUCGCCAGUCUGAGCUCUUACGGUGUCAAGCAAGUCCUGCCUACUCUGCUCGAGGGUCUUGAUGAGCAGCAAUGGAGAAGUAAGAAGGGUGCUUGUGACUCCCUUGGUGCCAUGGCCUACCUGGACCCCGAGCAACUCGCUGUCAGCUUGCCCGAGAUCAUUCCACCAUUGACUGAAGUGCUGAACGACAGUCACAAGGAAGUCAGAGCAUCUGCCAACCGUAGUUUGCAACGCUUCGGUGAUGUGAUCAGUAACCCUGAAAUCAAGAGUCAAGUCGAUAUUAUCCUGAAGGCUCUGAGUGAUCCUACCAGAUACACCGACGAUGCUUUGGAUGCUCUGAUCAAGGUCAACUUCAUCCAUUACCUCGAUGCUCCAUCAUUGGCACUGGUCGUUCGUGUUCUGGAGCGUGGUCUGGGCGACCGCUCUGCCACAAAGAAGAAGGCGUCCCAGAUCAUCGGUAGUCUGGCUCACCUUACUGAACGCAAGGAUCUCAUCACACAUCUGCCUAUUUUGGUUGCUGGUCUUAGAGUUGCCAUUGUCGAUCCCGUCCCUACUACUCGUGCCACAGCUUCCAAAGCUCUUGGUUCGACCAUCGAGAAACUUGGUGAGGAAGCCAUGCCAGAUCUCAUUCCAAGUCUCAUGGCUACUCUCAAGUCAGACACUGGUGCUGGUGACAGACUUGGUUCUGCCCAGGCUCUCAGUGAAGUCCUUGCUGGUCUUGGUACCAGUCGUCUUGAAGAGACUCUGCCCACCAUCCUGCAGAACAUCUCGAGUUCUAAGCCUGCAGUCCGCGAGGGCUUCAUGUCGCUGUUCAUCUACCUGCCUGCAUGUUUCGGUAACAGUUUCUCGAACUACUUGUCCAAGAUCAUUCCCCCGAUCUUGUCUGGUCUUGCUGACGAUAUUGACACAAUUCGUGAGACUGCACUGCGUGCUGGUAGACUGUUGGUCAAGAACUUCGCCACUCGCGCUAUUGACUUGCUGCUUCCAGAGCUCGAACGUGGUCUGGCAGAUGACAGCUACCGCAUUCGUCUUAGUUCCGUUGAGCUGGUUGGUGACCUGCUCUUCAACCUCUCUGGUAUUAGUGGAACCGCAGAGCAAGAAGAGGCCGAGGAAGGUGCCAACGAAGCAGGCCAAUCGCUUCUCGAGGUCCUUGGAGAAGAGAAGCGCAACAAGGUCCUUUCCGCGUUGUAUAUCUGUCGUUGCGAUACCUCUGGUCUUGUGCGCACUGCAUCUAUCAACGUCUGGAAAGCACUUGUCGCCUCGCCCCGUACUCUUCGCGAGCUUAUCCCUACCCUUACCCAGCUUCUCAUUCGCCGUCUUGCAAGUCCCAACAUGGAACAGAAGGAGAUUGCCGGCAACGCUCUGGGAGAGCUUAUCAGAAAGGCCGGAGAAGGUGUUCUGUCGACUUUGCUGCCUACUCUCGAAGAAGGUCUGCAAACUACCGACGUGGAUGCCAAGCAGGGUAUCUGUAUCGCUCUGCGCGAGCUGAUCGCAUCUGCCUCACCCGAUGCGCUCGAGGAUCACGAGAAGACUCUGGUCUCCGUGGUACGUAUCGCUCUGGUCGACAGCGACGAAGACGUCAGAGAAGCAGCCGCAGAGGCUUUCGAUUCUUUGCAAAAGGUUCUCGGCAAGCGCGCCAUCGACCAAGUCUUACCGUAUCUGCUCAACCUGCUCAGGUCCGACGAGGAUGCAGACAAUGCUCUUUCGGCUCUGCUUACCUUGCUCACCGAGCAGACCAGAUCCAACGCCAUCUUGCCCAACCUUCUCCCUACUCUUCUCACUCCUCCGAUUACUGCGUUCAACGCAAAGGCCUUGGCUUCGCUGGCUCAAGUUGCAAGCUCUGCCAUGACCAGAAGAUUACCAAACAUUCUCAAUGCACUCAUGGACAGCAUGCUCGCCACCAAGGACGAAGAGCUUCGUACCGAUCUCGAGAACUCCUUCGACGCCGUCCUCCUGUCUAUCGACGAAUUCGAUGGCCUUAACACUGCCAUGAGCGCCAUGCUUGCUCUGACCAAGCAUGAAGACCACCACAGAAGAGCCCGUGCAGACCUGCAUCUCGCUACGUUCUUCAAGACAAGCGACCUUGAUAUCUCACGAUACUACCCUGAUCUCAUCCGCACGCUACUCAUCAGCUUCGACGACAGUGAUGCCGAGGUCGUCAGGGCGGCAUGGUCUGCCCUAUCUGCGCUCACUGGACGUCUGCGCAAGGAAGAGAUGGAGAGCUUGGUCUUCUCUACCAGACAGACUCUCAACCAAGUUGGUGUUGCGGGCCACAACCUGCCUGGUUUCUCGCUCCCCAAGGGCAUCAACGCUGUUCUUCCCAUUUUCUUGCAGGGUUUGAUGAACGGUUCCGCCGAACAGCGUACAGCAUCUGCAUUGGCGAUCUCCGAUAUCAUCGACCGUACCAGUGCCGAUUCUCUCAAGCCUUUCGUCACUCAGAUCACCGGUCCCCUGAUUCGUGUUGUGUCUGAGCGUUCAGUCGAGGUCAAGGCUGCUAUCUUGUUCACUCUCAACAACCUUCUCGAGAAGAUACCCGCUUUCCUCAAGCCCUUCUUGCCCCAGUUGCAACGUACUUUCGCAAAGUCGCUUGCCGAUACCUCGAGUGAGAUUCUCCGUAUCAGAGCCGCAAAGGCUCUCGGUACGCUGAUCACCCUCACCNCCCGUAUCGAUCCUCUCAUUGCUGAGUUGAUCACUGGUUCAAAGACUGCCGAUACUGGCGUGAGAAAUGCCAUGUUGAAGGCGCUGUAUGAUGUGGUCGUCAAGUGCGGAUCUAGCAUGAACGAGGCUUCGAGAACCGGUAUCUUGAGUCUGAUUGACUCUGACACUGGUGACUCAGAUGAGGCUUCUGCCAUCACCAACGCACGUCUACUUGGUGCUUUGAUCAAGGUCCUACCAGAAGAUGUUGGCGGUGGUCUUGUCAAGGCGCGUGUUCUUACCCCUAACCACACCUAUCCCUCCGUUCUUGCCCUCAACUCGAUUCUGGCCGAGGCUCCCGAGUCUCUGACUGGACCUUUCGCUGAUGUCCUGCCUCCUACCAUAUGCCAAGGCAUCGGUAGCAGCCAGCCUGCCAUUGCGGACAACUGCGUCCUCGCAGCUGGAAAGUUCCUACUCACGCCUACAUCCGACAAAUCAUUUGAGCCCGUGAAGCAAAUCAUGGAAGCUCUCGCCGCCGCGAUCGCCCCCGGCAAGCCCGUAGACACACGUCGCCUGGCACUAGUCGUCCUGCGCACCGUUUCUCGCGAGCAAAACGACCUCGUCCGCCCGCACCUCGCCCUCCUCACCCCCGCCGUAUUCGGCAGCGUGCGCGACAUGGUCAUUCCCGUCAAGCUCGCCGCCGAAGCCGCCUUCUUGGCUAUGUUUAGCGUUGUCGAGGAGGAAGACGCCGUGUUUGCCAAGUACAUGGCUGGACCUGGUGCUGAACUUGCUGCAGGCCCUAAGAGAAGUCUGCAGGACUACUUCAAGCGCAUUGCUACAAGAUUGGGCGCGCAAGCUAGAGAGCGCAGGGAGGCUGAAGGUGGACAAGGUGGAUUGGGCCUUUCUAGUGAUGAGCAGGAAGACAUGAAGGAGGUGUGGAGUGUUGGAAAGGUGGACAUGGAGAGUGGUGCUUUCAAGGACGAGUAA